AUGGCGCUCGAUGGGAGGGGUGUGGGAGCGUUGGCAGGGCCAAGAGUGCUGGGCAGGCUGACGCCAGAGCUCAUCCUUCGCAGCCCGCAGUAUAUGAACUGCGUGGGACAGUACGAGCUGGACAUGCGUGCCAACCGCAUCAACGUGAUUGAGAAUCUCGGGGCGACGGAGAACCAAUUCGACAGCAUCGACCUCUCGGAUAAUGGCAUUGUGCGCCUGGAGGGCUUCCCCAAGCUCCUGCGUCUCAAGGUGCUGCACCUGAACAGCAAUCGUGUCAUCAAGAUUGGCCGCGGCCUGGAAGCGUCUGUGCCUGCCCUGGAAUGGCUCCUCCUGACCAACAAUAAGUUGACAAAUCUGACGGACAUCGAGCCCCUUCGGACUUUGCCACGAUUGAAGUACCUGAGCCUCUUGGAGAAUCCCAUCACAAAGCAGAAGGGGUACAGGCUGUAUGUGAUCAGUCGAUUGCCCCACCUCAAGGUCUUGGACUUCCGAAAAGUGAAGCAGACAGAGCGGCAGGAAGCUGUGCGGCAGUACCCCAUGGGUCUUGCGCCGGCUCCGGCGGCUACCUUUGAGCCUGAUGAAGACCUGGCAGAGGUCAAGGCAGCCCUGCCCGCCGCUGCGGCCGCCGCGUCGUCGGCGGAGCCCAGCACGAGGAGCGGACCCACACCCGAGCAGGCCACCGCCAUCAGGGCGGCCAUUGCCGCGGCCACGACCUUGAAGGAGGUGCAGCGGCUCGAGGAGGCGCUGACUACCGGGCAACUCCCAUCGCAGAUCAGUGUGCCGAGCCCCAUGGAGGAGGGGGAGUGA